UCUAGUUAUUUUCAAAAUAUUUACAGUUCUAAAACUUUAAUUUUGCAUUACAAUCAAUCAGAAUAAUGCUGCUUUUUCGGUAAAUUUUUAACUUAAAUUACAUGUGACUCAGGAAAACAGCCAAUGGAUCAUCGAAAUACUUUACACAGUAAUUUUUAUGGUCAAGCUCGUGUCGGCUAUUGGUUGCGUUGCUCUGACUUGCCUUGCGUAUCAAGUCCACUUUCUAUUGUCGGGAGAACAGCGCCGCAAUCGGAAGCACCGACAACGUCUUCUAGUUUGGCUUUCAGAUACACAAAACCUACAGAAAUAAUUCAAGAGAAGAUUAGGUUAAAUCAGUUACUAAUUGCUGAUACCACUUUGCAUUGCGCUCCGCUUCACCUGCAGCAGUUCUUCCAUCACUACAAUGUUGAUGUGCUCUCCUCAGCACAUAUUUUAUUUUUGCUUGUCUACCUUAUUGCACUAGAAUGUGGCUUUGUGUCGAAGCAACUUUUCAAAAAGUUUUGUCGCGUACUAGCUCCGAUUCCAACGGUAUUUACCUACCACUCCAAAAAUGUACUCUUCCUUAGUCGUGAUAAGCCCAUCUAUCAGUUCAGUCGACCUCAUGAAACGUAUUUCACAAUCGAUCUUCGUGUGUUAAAUCGAGAUUUCAAGCACGGCUCGCUUUAUUCGAGAUUAACGGCACUAGUGAGUGGUGACUACCUACUUGUUACGCUUGCACCCAUACCAGUUUCAUUGAAAAGCUACAGUACUUGUUUACCCAUAAGUCGUUUUGUUAUGCCGGGGUUGUCAAAAAUGAAACCGGUUAAUCGUUACCUCAGGAGACUGGACCAACUGACAGCACAAUUGCGUGAUGAAAUUUUCACACAUGUACGAAAUCAGCAAUUAGAUUAUUUGAAAUUAAAUCCAUAUCCUUCCAUAACGGGCAUGCCAUUGGAGGUGCGCGAAGUUAUAUAUGAAUAUUUAAACGAGACCGAUUUGAAAAGUUUGUCACAAGUAUCAAACAAAUUUUACAAUGAUAUAGAAAAGCCGGAGGAGGAUGCCUUUGAAGGAAAAACUCACAAUGACUCCAAGAAGCAAGCAGAAAUGGGUGCAAGUGAUUGGGCGGAAAGAGAAAAAGAUGCAUAAUUUUGAGAAUGAAAAAAUUAAACUAACUGUGAACAAAAGAGCUUAAGUAUUAACCGGAGAAUUAAAAAUCUUAAGCCGUAAAUUUUCAAAAAAUUAAAUAUACUAAAAAAAUCUGGGUCUGCCAUUACAAAGUGUAAUCUCAUUAUAGUGUAACGAUUUUCGGUAAUAAAUCUCGAUCUCCUUCGAGUUCGAUCAUUGGAUUCUUAAAUAAAACUCA